CGGCUGUCAUGUUAUGCGUGUAGUGGAUAUUACGAACACGGCCGGUUGAACUUUUGCACACGUUGGCAACAUUGCGCUGCCGCCGAACGUGUGUGUAUAAUAAUAUGUGUGUGCGUGUGUGGCUUAUCGUUGGUUAUAUUUUUCUGUACGCGCCGAGGGCCAUCCACAUCCGCCGUCAGCAGUAGCGUUACCGUCCGCUCGCCGACGCUUUAUAAUAUUAUCCCACAACCAACAACCUCAAUAAUAAUAAUAACAACAUUGCACCUAUACGUAAUAUUCUGACGACCACGCUCGUUUAUCAUAUUUUUAUAGUAAACGCUUUAAACGAAUGCUCGGUUCGCAAUGAAUAACGACGAUACAUACGGGUUGUGUAGUGUACCGUGAGUUAUCGGUCAGUCGCUGUUUUUCUUUUUAUUCCCGUCGGAGCGCAGCUUCCGCGCGCAAAACAUUUCCCCGAUAAUACGCAUUAUAAUACGUAUCGUGUUUUGAAUUGGAGAUUACGACCGAUACACCGGUGUACCUGUGUGCUGAUUAUCAAUAUUGUAUCAUUAUCGAAUAUAAUAUGAAAUACGCACUGUAAAUACCCAACUGUUCGUACACCGUAGGUUAUGUCGUGAUAUUAUAUUAUGCCGGAAUCGAUGGCCGCAACGCGAGAAGCGGAACGCCGCAUUAUUUCCCGACACGACGACGAGCCGGCGGGCGGCGAUCAACACGUGUUCGCCGGUCGCCGCCGCCGUAUCAGCAGUGCGUCGUAGCAGCACCAGCAGGGCAGCAGCAUCGCGGCGGCAAUAGCCAACCGGCGACAUCACCAACAGGAGCAGCGGCAGCACAGGCACCAGCACGUCGGGCGGCUCAUUCCGCCACGACGACCGUUCGCGUACAGUCGUCGCCACCCUACAGCUGCGCCUGCCCACGGUACGACGACGACCUCCAGCCGCACUCUAGCUCGCCGCACUCUAGCUCGCCGUACUCGUCCGUUACGCGCGCGUGUGUUUGAACGUACGCGUGUCGUGCCUCAACCGAUGCAGCACAAAAUUAGCCGCCACUGAAAGUCCAUCACAGAUACUUUAUAAUGGCCAAAACGGCCUUGUCGGUUCCGUCAGCCGCUUCUUCGGAUGAUGUGCAACAUCAAAAGCCCGGGCCGAAGCCAAAAUAUUCUCAGCAGCAGUCGUCUUCAUCCGCGCCACCGUCGUCGUCGGCGACGGAUUCAAAACUCCUACUGCCUCAGUGUAAGGUUAAGCGGAAUUACGCAUGCGCAAAGUGCCCGUAUUAUACCCAGAACCCACGCAGCUUUCUACACCACCAGAAAAACGUACACUCCGAACGACUCAAGGUGUACGAGUGUUCGCACUGUCUGUACGCGUCAAAACACAGUCAGAAGCUGCAGCGGCACGUGCAGAUGGUGCACCAGAUGGACAACAAAAGUGGCAAAAAGAACCCCGGAUUCGAUGACGACGGCAAGCAACUCCUGGUGCCGCCUGUCCGGAUUCGGGUGCAACGUUUCGAAAAGUUUACGGACCAGCAUCUUGCUAAGCUGGUGAUUGUAGAGGACGUGGAUGUCGAGGAGACUGAAGUGGUGACCGGUAUUGAGGAUGAAUCUGGAUCCGAAGAACACAAUGCUGAUGCCGAAGAAGAGAACGAACCUGAAGUCGACGCGGAAGUCGAAGCCGAAGCCGAAGUAGAAGCCGAAGUGGAAGUUGAAGCGAAAGCCGAAGCCGAAGUAGAAGCCGAAGUGGAAGUUGAAGCGGAAGCCGAUGCCGAUGUCGAUGUUGAGGAAGACGAAGACUUGCUGGACGAAGAAGAGGCCGGCGGAGAAGAAGAACAAGAGGACGAAGAGGAAGUAGACGAUCCGGACGACGAGGUGGACUUUAGCAACGAUGGUUCGGUAGACGUGGAUGACUGUGUGCCCGCAGUCUCGUUGUUGCAGACCACCUCACCAACACCGCAAUCUUCGGCGCCGCCACCACCACCCCAACAACAGAAGAAGUCGUACAAACAGGACAAGUCUGUGACAUUUAUCCGGUGUUCCGUGUGUCCGUUCGGCAGCCACAGCCGGACACUGGUCAACAGACACGAGAAGUCGGCGCACCUGAAAAAGAAAUUUUUCAGGUGCAUGAAAUGCAACUACGUAACUCACAUGCGAGCUCGGUACACCAAACAUGUCAAGUAUCACACGAUGCCGAUGAUCAAGUGCGACGACUGCGACUUCCGGACGCCGUACAAGUGGAACCUGGACCGGCACAACCGCAACCACAGCACCAUAGCACCGGGUACGUACAAGUGCUCGCACUGUUCGUUCUCGGCCGACAUCAAGCAGAGUCUCACGGUGCAUGAGACAAAUCACCACGUUCCCCCGGUAGGCGGUGUAUUCCCCCCAAACGGCACCAACCGCCGCAGGUACCGGGUGGGCGCAUCCGAUGCUCCUGGUUCAGCAGUUGACGGCACCGAGAUCGUGACAUUUGAAACGACCAAAGAAGGUGGUAUCGUUGAGAUCAUGACCGAGACAAAGAGCACUUCGCCGGCGGUGUCUGCCAGCAGUAGCUUGUUGUCAAAGGUCACGGCGGCAAAAAUUGGAAGCACUGGCAGCACCACUACCGUAGUGAAAAAGACUACAACGACAACGACGACAACCACUACGUUACCGCCUAAGCCAAUAAAAAAGCCAGUAAAGAUAAUUUCUGUGACUAGUCCACCGGAGGGCAGCAACAAGGCCGCUGAGAAAAAGCCACCAUCUCGACGUCGGCCUAUGCCUAAGCUCAUACCGAUCGUUGAACAGCAACAGCAUCAGAAGAAACGCAUGCCUGCAAUUAUCCGCAUGCAACUUCCCACUACGACAUCACCGCCGCCGCUUCCGCAGGAUAACGCUGCCCCCGUCAUUGCGGACGACUACUACAGUUUGAAAACAGGUCACAGCGCGCUCAGCGAUUUCGCGUCCAUCAUCGAUGAUACGGACUGUGCAUCAAGCUCGUUCAACUCGAACACCGGCUUGCCCAACUCCACCGCCAGCGGUGUCGCAACCUCUGGAACCAUGGCGAAUCGCCGGCAGAGUAGUAGCAGUACCGGCAGUAGUAGCACCACCUCGUCGCCGAAGAGCAAGACCGCUUCGUUUUUCGACAAACUCAAAGCCAAAGUGGACGAGACGGCGGACCUGACAUGCCAGGUAUGCCGUUACGAGUCCAAAUGUCUUUCGGAAUUCAUGCGACAUCAGCGGACUCAUAACAGCGAUAUUAACGGCGGCCAUGUUUCCACUGCAAUCACGGAUAUCCUCAAAACCGAUCAUACCGCGACUACACAAGAGCGGACGCCAACUCCACCGCCGCCGGUGACGGCCGCCGAGCUCAAGUCGACCCGGUGUCAGCGGUGCCGGAAACGGUGCAAGACCAGUGCCGAGUUGCUCGUGCACUUGGCUACUUGCCGAGGAACAACUACCAUGUCCACUGCGGCUUCAGCGAUCGACAGCCCGAGCCAAUCCGCCGCGGCGAAAGAAAUCGUUACAGACGAAGACCGAGAAGAAACGCAACAACAUCCGAUGGAGAACAAGAUUUUCGUGUGGAACACCGCCGCGGUGACAACACCACAGGGCGACGAUGACGAUGACGACUGCGAAGAACGAAAUUCCGUUACCGUGACGGAAAUCGGAAUGCCACAAAAUGUCGAACCGCCGUCGGCGGACCGAGAACCGGACGAUGAGUCGGAAGACGACACCAAUGAUACGCCCGACAAUAAUAAUCCAUCAGACACUGAGAUUUUAAAACAUCAAGAACAACUGAAGCACGCAAUCAGAAAGGAAGGAAAAAUGUACAAAACGGUGUUCAAGUGCCCACACUGCACUUUCUGGGCGGCUACCGCUUCGCGGUUCCACGUGCACAUCGUUGGCCACUUAAACCGCAAGCCGUUUGAGUGUUCGUGCUGCGCGUACCGGUCAAAUUGGCGCUGGGACAUUACCAAACACAUCCGGCUCAAGUCAGCGAGGAAAGGUGGUGGUGAGGAGUCGAUAGCGGUGGCAACCUCGCACCAGGGUGCGAAAGUACUGAUGACAGACGAGACGGGCCGCCGGAAUUACAGCAAGUACAAUCGGUACCUGACUGUAAUGGAGAUGGACAUAACAGAUGGAGCGGAUAAGGCGGCCGGUGGUGAGUGUGAGGAUGGAAAGGGUGUCCGCAAGUCUGUAGGCGGCGGCAUCGCCAGGAAGCGGCGGGCGCCAGCUUUUGCCCACAACAAGGGUGCUUCGUUAUCGCUCAAGCAGCACCAACUCCAGUUGACGUCUUUGUCGGGUAAGGCCGCGGCAGUAGCGGGACAGUUGAAAAGGUCCAAAGCCGCCGCGAUCCGGAACCAACAGCUGAACCAGCACAUGACCCACAACUCCGCGGUGUCGAAUUCCAGUCUGUCGUCGGCUACGGGAGGCGACAACCGCAGCAAGACCGUUUGGAAGUGCAAAAAAUGCUUCUUCAGAGACUGCGAUCGACUUACUGUUUUGAACCACGUCAAGGCACACUACAGAAGAGGAGAAUUCGUCAGCAAUUCCAGUGCCACUAGUAUUAAUUCGUCGCAACACAAUGACGACACAACCACUAUUGCCAUUGACACGGCAGCCAAUAACGAAUUAUAUGCUCAAACAAAAAAAUCGGCAGAAUUAAAAGAAACUACAGAACAAAAUUCACUAACCGUUGACCGCAGGAAAACAAAGACCCCUUCAACCGGGACCACAUCCGACAAUUUGUUGUUGUUGUCCACCAACCCUAAGUCGUUUAUGCUUUAUGAUGACGAAAACUUUCUGUCUUGUCCGCUCUGUGACGUGACAGCUGCUAGCCCGGGCCAAUUGAAGGAACAUAUGCAGAGCACCCAUAUUCCGGAAGAAACUAAAUAUCGGUGUGAGUACUGUCCGUUUUGGUCAGAAGAAAAAAAAGCUAUGUUGGACCACAUGAUGUUUGCUCACGAGAUGGACGAUGGUAGUGUUAAUACCGAUGUUAAUGCUACCGAUGUAAAUUACGGGACCGAACAACGAGACGAAUCGGCUUCAAAUUCAAUCAACUAUGAUGAUGAGGAAGAAAUGCAGGCAGUCGAUGAAAACGGUAGUAGUAACGACGCGACAACUAAUAUGACGAUGUUCGACAACGGUAGUGAUGACACAAAUGCCACGGUCAAUAUGGAAGUGUUGUUCGAUACUAAUGACGAAAAUGUCGUUGUAGUAGAAACGGUAGAGUGCAAACCUGAUUUUGUUGAUAAUGACGAAGGAUCAACUAUUGAAACAUCAUCGAUACCAAGCAAGAGCUCCGAAAAAAGCAGUUAUAGUAGUACUGCUGCUGAUGAAAAAAUAACUGACAGUAUGAUUAGUCACGAAUACGAUGGAGUUGAAGAAUCGGAUGAAGACGAGCAACCAGAGGACGAAGAAAUGAUUAUCAAUGCAGAAGAAGUCACCGAACCUACAUCAGUUAAAAUCAUCAAAGCCACUUUCACACCUACACCAUCAGCAGCAUCGGAAGGAGAUACCACAACUGUAUCGCCCAAAGAAAUUGAAGUAUUUGAGUGUAAUGAAUGUUGGUACUAUUCAACCAAUAAAAAAGACUUAUUAGCACAUAAACAGCUGCACGUCGAACGGGGUGCGCUAUAUAAUUGUACAGAAUGUGUGUUUAACGUCACUAAAUCAGCUAUUUUGUACCAUCAUUAUCGACACGGACACGUGAUCGAAGAACCAGAGCUUCGAUUUCCAGAAGAUUCCGUGGUUCGAGCUGGACAAAGAGACAUGAAUGCAAGAAAUUCUGAUACCAGAUUAUUAGAAAAUAAAACAGCCAACGCAACAGAUGUGGAUGAAAUUACCGGACCGCCUAUGGUAUGGAAUUACAUAAAAGAAAACAUCCCACCUUAUACGAAAGUAUUCAAGUGCCGAUACUGUCCUCAUACUAACCGCCGGCGACACAAUACAGUUGAGCAUGAACGGAUGCAUUCAGAUCAUCCGGAUCAUCAGCAUCAUAGACAAAUGCAACAGCGUUUAUCGGGAUGUUCAGUUCCACCGUCUCCUUUACACCCGUGCAAACGAUGCACUUAUGUGUGCAACAAUGCGGGUGUCUUGGCAUCACAUGUCAAGGUACAUUCAAUCAAUUAUAGGUGCUCAACAGUGGGAUUUUACGAUAAUACCAUCGUGGACACGAUCCAGAUACGGGCCCUUGAAUACGUAAUGGAGUUAGAAAAAAGUUUACUGUUAGACAAGAACACUGCCGCUAACAGCGGUAUGUCACUUUCCGGUAAUAAAGUUUUGUCUGAUUCAUCCAGCGAUAAUGAAAACCCCGAAGACAUCACAAAGUACACAGAAAUCGAUGAUCCUGAGCUUAAAUUUUGUCCAUAUUGCCCGGCUCGGUACUUUUUCCGUGCUGACCUCCGAUUUCACAUUCGGUUUCACAGGUUCCGAGGCUGGAAAAACGCGUGCGACUGCUGUUCAUUUGUAGCUAGGGCCAGAGACCAUGUAAACGCACACGAGGUCGUGCACUGUGAUGAAUAUGCACAACGUACUACCGAACUGCUCGCUUCUGGAUAUCCAGUUAACCCUAAAUAUCCACGACCUUCCGAGUAUCCGGCAUCGACGAGUGACGACUCGCCUCAUCUUCAAAGACGACCAUGGUCUCCGCCUCAAUUAUUAAAUUAUAAACAUUCAAAAAUACACUCAUCCGAAUCUGACAGCCAACGUCAAAGGCGGACUAAACGUGCUCGUUAUUCCGAACCCAACAACGCCACCGUAGCGGAAUCACCGUCCACCGAGUACGAUGAUGACAAUAACAAACGACGACGUCGAUCUAUGACAGUAGGCGUUGCUAUGAAAACAGCCAAUGCAAAACCACCACCACCAGCAUUACUACCCGUGUCUAAAAUUAUCAGUAAGUCACCACCGCCACCACCAUUGCUACCAGCCUCUAAGGCUAAUGCAAUAAAACCUGUAAGUGGGGCCGCUGUUAAACCCGUCGCUCAAAAGUCCACCAGUGAUACCGUCGUAAAGCCUGUGAAGACUACCAAAGCAAGUUACAUACGGCAGUUUAUGUGUACCAUGUGCCCCGGUAAGUUCUUCAAAUCUACAGCUUUGCAGUACCACAAAACGUUACAUGGUGGUCCUGGGCGUCACCGAUGCAGGUGUUGUGAUUAUGCAGUGAGUACUUAUGGUAACUUGGUUCGGCACGAAGCCGUACAUCGGGACCUACCUGCCAGGGAAAAAAUUAAGAAUAAGACAUCGAAGAAACUGAAAGCUCUGUCAAAGUUAAAAGCCAAAGGUAAAAAAAUUCCCUUGCCCGCGGUUUUAUCAACGAUGACACCAUCAUCAGAUACACAGGUACAAAAAUUAGACCUGGACGACGACGACGACGACGACGACGAUGACGACUACGACUACGAUGAUGAAUUUAAGAUCGAUCCCGAGUUCGGAUCCGUCAUGCUGGGUAACCCAUCUUUCUACUAUCCGACUAACGUAAAAAAUGGCGUUAUUCGAUCCAAGCGGUACAAGUGCCCUAAGUGCCCGUCAGCUUUCGACAAGCGUGAUCAGUACGCUAUACACUUGACCCUGCACGGCGCUCAGGACAAGUACCAGUGUGAUAAAUGUGACUAUGCGGUGCGGUACACGGCCAACUACGUGCAACACCAACGGAAACACGCACAUGACGCCGAGAUCCGGAAGAAUCACGAACUAGCAGCCGAACGGUCGAAAAUGAUUAAGGAACAGGAGGAGGCAGCCAGCACGCAACGGAUUCGUAAGCGAUCGACCACGGAAGAUAGGAAAUCACAACGUAUCGCCAAACCGGCGGUACCGUCAGUGGUCAAACUACAGCCGCAGGACACGACUUUCACAAACGAGAUAUCAGACCAGCAGACUGCAUAUGAGUUGAACGCCGCCUAUGGGGCCACCGGAAACUUAGUCGGCGAGACGACUACGUCCCUGUUCCGGUGCGCACACUGCCCAUUUGAGUGCGACAUCCGAUCGCAGCUAGAUCGGCACAACACGCAUCACUUUGCAGCUAUGAACUCGUCGGGAGCCGCGUCCAAACGGUCGUGGAAACGAUCGUGCAGGUUCUGCACAUACCGCACGCACAGCGAAGUCGACCUGACCGAGCACACUCGCGUUCACUUCUUACGGUCGACCGGCGAACCGAUGUCCACCAACGAGGAAUACUCAAACGAAGAUACUAACGUGGCCACCGCGCCCACGGACAUUGGCGACCACGUCGAAUUCCACGGCAAGCGCGUUGUGUACAGCCAACGGCGGCGCAACAACAACGCCGACAACCAGGACGUCGUGGCGGAAAACCUGGACGAAGAAGAUAUCGAACCAUUUUUCGUGUUUAAAGACUGUGGCGACAUUCGUUACCGUGCUAAAGACUCCGCAAACGGCAUGACGACCGCUGCCGUUAUCAAAUCCCACAAGAGGUUCAGUCCCGACUGUCCGCCGCCACAAAUGACCACCGAUUACAACGACAACCGCACUGAAGACGACGGCCCUAAAGCACCGCCGGCUGCGUUUGUGCGGUUCUACGACAACGGCACCCGGCUCGAAUUCCUGGACGACGAACCCGCCGAGUCCGCGGGUAAGAGGAAAAAAAGUAAAAAAUAAUGGGCACGCUGGUCACCUUUACCAAAAUUUUCCUCUUCGUUUCGUGUCCGCUCGACGUUCGUUUUUCGAACGCUAGUAAAAAAUAUUUUCGUUUUUCAGGGCACACACUCCUAUAAUAUUAUAAAUCGUACGUCGUUCGUCGUGAUCGACACAUUUUACGUUCUAUACUAGUAUUGUGUAGAUUAUAAUUUUUUAGUUUUACCUUUUUAUUUUCAUUUAUUUAUUCUUAUUAUCACGUUUUUUUUUUUUUUUUUUCAUUUAUCGAACCUACUUUUAUUAACCUAACCCAGAUUAUUACUUUUAAUUUCUAAUGUAAAAUAUUUUUUCAUGUAUAAAAUUAGACAUUGUGGUGUACCUUUACGCUGUACCCAUCCCUAUGCUUGAGUUUCUAUUGACACACCUAUUAGAUAUCAAUAUUAUGUACGUUCUUCCCUUUCCCCACCAAUUUAUUUAUUAUUAUAUUCUAAUUGUACAUAAUAUAUUAUUGAAUCAAGUACAAUCGUGAUUAUUCACUUUUCAUUUUUAUUAGUUAACUAGUAUAAUUUUUCAGUAGUGAUGUAUCUUUGUUAUAUAAUAUUUAUCGUAGACACAUGUAUCGCGUUUGGACCAAAAUUAUAUUUAUUUAUGUCACCACUCUUCCUAGCUCAUACUUCGUGCAGAAAAGUUAUAGGUAUUCAAAUAGUCUUGUUAUUAUUAUUAUAUUAUAUUUUUUGUGUUUCCAUACAAACCACACUAUAUAACGACUAUAUUAUGUAUUUUAUAGAUAAUAUUAAACGUUUAUUUUCGAGUAUUUUGUUUAGUUUUUUUUUUCUUCACUUUAUAAUGUAUAAACAAUGAUUAUAUUUAGACGAUCGUUUUAUCUUAUGCGCUGCACGUGUACCUAAACUGUAAAAGUGACAUCUGCUGCUGUAUACGUGUAUUAUUUUAUUUUUCAUCGGUUAAUCAAAAAAAUAAACUAUAUGUGUAUGUAUUUAUUAAAUGUAUUUAUUUAAAUUAUUUAUGUGACGACGACGAAUAAAAGGGAUUAAUGUAUUAAAAUA